AUGUCCAACGACCCCUACACCGCGAAGGCUGCGUCCACUGCCUCGCCCGCCGAGAAGAUCAAGGAGCUGCGUGACGAAGUCAUCAAUUCGUCCAAGUGUAGGUCAUUAUCGAAGCCAUGCCUGACACCAGGUGCUUCGCGUGCUUCCCCCCCCACGAUGACGCGCCUCCUGUCUCAACGACCACCGAACUGCUCCGGGGGACCAAGUUGACCUAGGCGUCGCCGAUUAACUUCGUUAUGCAGUCGCUAUGCUCACCACUCGCAGCAAGGACGGUACUCUUCAUUCGAGGGCCAGUGAGUUCAUUCACCCUUCAGCACCUCUUUAUAUGUCCCUCAGGCGGCUUCUGACAAUAUACCCGUUCGCGGUUGAUUCGUCCUUCCCCCUGCCCUCCCAUCUCAGUGAGUCCCGCCUCCGACAAGGGUCUUGUUUUCGUCUUCAUCGCCAACAACGAGUCGGGUAAGUCUGAGAAAAGGCUUGGGGGAUGGAAUGCAGUUUGUCCAAAGACACUGAACUCGCCUCUUCCGUGCCAUCUCCACAGGCAAAUUCGACGACCUCGAACACGAUGAGAACGUCAACAUUUCAUUCUCAGACGCUUCGAGCACCAAUUGGGCUUCGGUGUCGGGCAAGGCGUGAGUGUGGCAAAUCGGCCGCUAACCUUAUUGUGAAGCACCUUAUCUGUAGCUGAGCAGCUCAAUUCUGUGGCAUCAUUGUCGCACACUCAGCAAGACCAUGACGGACCCCGAGUCGAUCAAGCCGUUCUGGAACCCCGCGCUCAAGGCUUGGUUUGGAGACCUCGGUGGCGAGAAGAACGGCACGUACACGGACCCCCGUGUAUCGGCUAUUGUAAAUCCCGCCCUCGUCGUGCCUUGCAUGUCUUUUCUGGCUUCUUUCUGACCAGCCUCGUCUAUCUGCCCGGAUUGUGCAGGAAGUGCGCCCUUCCGAGAUCAACUACUGGGUGUCGACGCGCACCUCGAUCGGACAAGUUCUCGACGUCGCCAAAUCGGCUCUCACUGGGGAAACAGCAGCACCUGGUCACCUGCGCACCAUCUCUGGCUCAGACUUGGAGAUCGCCAAGUCAAGUGAGCAGAAUUAG